AUGAUCAAUUAUAAUUUGAAUAAAAAUAAUUUUAUUUUCAUUCUUGGAAUAGCAACUUGUUACUUAUCGUACUUGCUUCUUGACUGUUUAAAAACGUCAUCUUGUUCAAUCACUAAUCUUGAUGCGAAAAAAUUGAAAACAACUGCCAAAGGAGAUUUUAGUGAUCAAACUUCUCAUAAGAACAUAAUUAUCAAGUUGUUAGAUGUCAUAUUUUUUUAUACGCCAUCUAUAUUCAUUAAAUGGAUAAUUUCAAAUUUUCAUCUAUUGUCGAGUUUUUUUGUGUUUGCAGCACUAUUCGCAAUCUUUGUUACCUAUUUAUUAGGUUGGCUUUCUCAAUAUAUUAUAGAUGCUCUUGGUAUUUCUGACAGGGAAAAAUUAAACAACCACAAAAAACAAAAAGAAAUUUCAAAUAUGAAAAAGGAUGAUGAUGAUGUAUUAUUAGGUGGAUUGAAUAGCAAGAAUAACAUUAAUGAAGAAAUCUCUAAGGAUUUAUUACUUGAAAAAAAUUAUGAAAAAAAAAAUGUUAAAAGAAAGAAUAUUUUAAAAUCAAUUAAUCAAGCACUUAAAUGA